AUGAACGAUCAGUUAUCGCGACAUUUACGCAAUAACGCGCGACGAAAACCGCAUGUCGUCGUCCUUCUGAUUUUGAUAAUUUGCGAUGCGACAUCGGCGACUUUGGAUGAGGGUAAGACUGAUGACAGUGAAUCCGACGAUUAUGAAGACUAUCAACCACCCGGUGGCGGAGGAAUUCCGCUCGUCCGUAAUGAUGAGUUUGUCAAAAACCAGCUAUACGCUGAAUCUUAUCAAAGUUAUAUUCAGGCACUCGCUUACCCCGCUCGUCUUGUUGUUCGUCCAGACUCUUCUACGGUUAUUGAGGAAUCGAAAAUCUCAUUUUUCUGUCGAGCUGAUGGAAAUCCAUUGCCGAAUGUGGUUUGGAGGAUCAACGGAAAACCGAUAUCAGACCCCUCUAGAAUAUCAAUUAAAUCAUUAUCGACUGGUCUGUCAACACUUAGGUUUGAUAGGGUCACUCGAGAAGACAAUGCGACCGUCAUUUCUUGUUCUGCGGACAACGGAGUUGCAAAUCCGGUGGUUGCAGAAGCCGUGCUCACAGUUUUAUCCAAAGACAAUGUGCCAGUCGGCUUCCCACGAAUCGAUCUUCAUCCGGCUUUGAAAUCCGUAGAACAAGGAAAAACAGCCUACGUUUCAUGCAGGGUGAAAGGCGAACCAAGAGCAAAAGUUUUGUGGCUUCGAGACCUGAUUCCGUUGGAUGUGCGAGCAGACGGCCGUUAUUCGGUAUCGACCAUCGGCAAUCCGGGCGCAUUAAUGAUCCAGCAUGCGAAGGAAGAGGAUCAGGGAAAAUACGAAUGCAUCGCGCGCAACUCACAUGGCGUCGCGCACUCAAAAUCCGCGAAUCUUUAUGUCAAAGGUCAAUUUCCUGCCCGCAACGGGCCGACUCGACCCGAUUCCUCAUUUGCAUUUGUUUGA